AUGCGAUUAAUAAGAGCUUUGGCCUCACACCGGAUUAACUGUGCUUCCCUGGCUUCCAAGAGACAGAGCUCCGCGGGCUGCCCCGCCGGGCGGCAGGACGGUGCGCUACCCUCAGCGCCGAGCCCACACGGCCGGACGCCGGCAAGGCGGCAGAGGGCCGGGAAGGCAGUACGGGCUCUGAACACACCGCGGGGACAGCGGCAGCGCCGCACCGCCCGCCCGGGCCCGCGCUGCCCUCACACCGGCACUCCGAGCCCGCCCUGGGCCGAUGCGACGCCAACGCACAGACACAGCGAGGCGAGCACUCGGCCCCCGAGGCCAGGAGGGGCGCGGACCCGCCGCUGCACGCCCGGACCGAGCUCGCCCCACCGCCCGGAAACCUCCUCUGCCCCGGGCCUGCCCGCGCCGCUCACCGAGGCUGCCGAUUCCCACCGCCUGCAGCCCGGCCGGGCCAGGCCCCCGGGGCGCGGGACGAGCCGGAUCUCCUCACAGGCAGCCCCACGCCUCCGGCGCUGCCGCCGGCGCUCACCACAGCGCAGAGACGCGCACCAGCGAGCCGCGAAAGGAAGGGAGGGGAAGCGGCGCGAGACUCACCGCCCCACCGCCCGCCUGCCGCCCUACAGAGACCCGCCCGUGCCCGGACCCGCCACACAACGCGGGCGUGCUCACCUCUCCCCGCAGAGACCACACAGAGUACCGCCGCUCCCUCAACUGCCGCCACAAACAGCCCUCGCGCUGCAGGCCGCUCAGCAACCCACCACCAACCACCGCCCCGCGCAGCCGGCGUUUGAAAAGCGCAACCCGGCAGAUGUGGCUGCCCCGGCGGCGUCCGCUCGCCCCGCCCCCUCGUGCUGGGGAGGAACCAAUCCGCGCCCGGCUACCCUCGCCGCGUUCGCCACCAUUGGCCAGGCGCCCUCCUCCCUCAUAGCGCCCCCGCCCGGCUGCCCUCGCGUCCCCGAGGCCGGUGGAGCGCGGCAGGUGCCGGCGGUCCUGCUGCUCCCCUCCUGCCGUGGACGCUGGGCUGCCCGCUCCCGGAGGGACGUUUUGUUCCGCCGCCGCCGCACGGCGGAGCGAGGCGCUCCUGCGGGCGAGAUGCGCCGAUAGCAUCGGCUGGUCGGGCGGCCGUGGGGCUCAUCGGGUGCCAGCAUUAGCGGGACAGCGGGGAAGGGCCGAGGCCGCGCGGCCUUAACGGUCAGCGGCACGGGGCACCUGCUAGCCCAGAGGUGCGCUUCUGCUGUAACUCCUGCCCGCCUCACCUUCCACCACCAUUUCUUGCCUUCUGAACUGCGAAAGUUUUUAGGAGAAGCAGUCAGCGUCCCUCAGAGCUCCGCCAUCCCUGUGCAGUGCCAGCCUGGGCCCGGCCUCCAUUAUAGCACGGCUUGGGGCAGGUUGGCUGAAGGGAACUCAAAUACAAGGCGUAGAAAAGAUGGGUUCUGCCGAGAAGUGCUGUGCGGUGUGGAAAGCAAGCAGCAUUCCGAGCAUUCCCAAUGUUCUAUGGGAAUAAAACUAAAUGAUCACGGCCAUUAAGGUGCUUUAGGUUAUUACAGCAUGUGGUGCUUGUCUGUCUCCAUAGCUGUCUGUGUGUCCUCACAACUCCUUCCAAGGGCAGGAUCUGCUCUACUCACCCCUUCGGUCCUGAAAACCCAAAUCAAGAGUGAACUGUUUUGUGACACAAAUGUAUUGCUGUAGCCUUGGUUAUCUGUUUACGUCGUAAUGCCAUAGAAACAUGUGGCACUUGGCGAAGGCUGUAAUUGGCAGGGCUCCACCCUGAGGACUUCGGAAUUUUAAUUAGGUACAGAGAAUGGCAAAGGGUGGAGGAAGGGAGACGGCAGCGUGAAGGUCACAGCAGUGCAGGAUCAUCAGCUACGCUUGUUAGUAAUGCAUGCAUCUGGUCACUGAUUGCUAUUUUUUAAUUGUCCCGAAUGUGUUAGCUGCAUGAUUCCUCUUCUUAACACUAACUUCUCUUGCUUUCCUUAGUUAUCUACCCAUCACCAAGUUGACUUUUUUAGUUUUUAGAGGCUUUCAUAGACAGAACUAUUUCUUCAUGAUCCAUUUUUCACUGCACAAAGAUGUGUGCAGCUCAGGUUCGGAGCCACGGGCCUUGCAGGAAGCCAGCCUUUGGUUAGAGGCUCAUUUCGCUCAAGAAAUGCUGAUUUCAACUCAGGCCGGUCACAAGUGAUGUAUUUUGGAGUGAACAGACAGCAAACUUCCAAGUUCAGCAGAUAGCUUGGUUGCUGGAGGAAAGAAUAAGCGGAUGUCCUUAAGAACCACAGAGAUGGAAGCCAUGAAUGGCUGAGCCUUCUUUAACUCAUUUGUAAUACCUUCUUUCACAGGAUCUUUACAAGGCAAUACCCUGAUCUGUAGCACCAAAAAGGCCUCAAAAAAACCCACACCAUAAUACAAAUGAACAAUUCCAACAAGCAAUUAGUUAGUUAGCUUUUUGUGGCACAGCCAUUCCACAGGGCAGUACAUACUUAAGCAAAGCAGAACAAAACCUUACCUGAGGAUCUUCAGUGUCCCAACUUUCAGAAAUCAAAGGGAAGAUCCACGUCUCCUACAUGCUGUCUCUGCUACUGCAGCCUCCAAUAAGCAGCAGCAGCUUCCUGCAGGGGGGGUGAUGGCUGCUGUAUGAAGUACCUGCAGUUGUUUGCUUGGAGGAAGAACACAGAGCUGGCAUGCCAGAGAACCACAUAGGGAAGGAAAGCCAAAAAAUGUGCUGACUCCGUGCCUCUCAGAUUAUAGCAUAAAGCUGCCUGUCUUAGGGGUGGUACUCCUGUACUUACUGACACCAAAUGUUGCUUCUCUCUGUGUGGAUAACAUCCAAAAAAAGAAACAAGAAGAAGCAAGCAAACAAAAAACACAUUAAAAAACCACUACACUAUGGAGAUUACCCCAGACAUCUAUGAGAGCACCUUUAGCUGAAGCAAUCUCACUGAUCCCACGUGCUCAGCUACAACAUGAACUACUCAAAGCUCAGAAUACAGCAGACCCCUUGGAAACAGCGUGCUAUCUUUUGCCGUUCAUGCAGUGUUCAAUUUUGGGAAUCAUCUAAGCCCUGAAUACAGACAUUUCCCCACCCCACAAGAAUUACCAUGAUUCUCAUUAACAUAGACCACUUAAUCUUUUUUUCCCCCUGCCAAAAUCUCUGCAAGAGUGCCACAACAUUUGCACAUGGGAAAUGAGUAAGAAAAGACAAUCCUCAAAGCACCAGGCAAACAAUGUGUAUUUCAGGGAUUGCUUAGCAGAACUGCCUCAGCAUCACCUGGCACGAGCUUUGUACAAGCCCCAGUCCUCACACUGAGGGAAAAAUGUGCAGUUGCUCAACACAUGGCGCCAGUUAUCAAUGAUCUGGGUGAAACUGUCUUAGAAGUCUAAAAUUGAGGAGUGUGACAGAGGCUCUGAAAGGUGUUCUCAGAGCCUCUCCUUUCCCCAGAUAGCUCCCCUUUAAUGAUUUAGGCUAGCUUGCAUCGCGCUUCUGCUAGAAGCAAGAGAUUGCAAAAUUACCGUCUAGAAAAGUUUUAAAAUAAUAGCAACAUACUUAUUAAAUAUUAGACUCUAAAAAAAAACCCUUAUUAAACAUUAGAUUCCAAAAAGUGUUCGUGAAAAACAUAGCAUAGGGGAAGUGACACUGCGCCGUUCAGCCAUUUGGAAACAGAAGUCCACUUGGCCUGUGUCUCAGGGAGGCGAACUCUCACCCAAGCACUGAUGAAAGACCAGGACCUCCCAGAGCAGCUAGUCUCACCUGUUACCAAAGCAAGAGGAAAUCUUCAGUGGGAGGCACUGGCUUUUAUGGAAGAUGGAAAAAUAUUGUUUUCCCUGAAGACAUUUUGCUAUGAAAUUACAGUGCUCCAUAUUAAGCCACUGCCAUAAAGUAUGUUGCUGCCCAUCCUGGUACUCCAUUCAAGAGCAGAGAUCCUUUUGAGAGGUGUGGGCAUCUUCAGCAUGUUGAUUGUAGUUUUGUUUAGGAUAGCCUUUGUUUCAAAUGCAGUUCUUGGUCAAAUUCCAUUGCAUUUGGUGAACAAUCCUUACUUUUUCUGCUGCAAGUGAUGAUUUGUAGUAUACCAGAUUCCAGAGGCUACCAGAAGUCACUUAGAAAAGGUGACAUGAGAGAGUAUUCUGUGAUUUCUCUAACAAUUUUUAACUGCUGCAAACAUUCAAAGACACAAUAAAAGAGUUGACUUCCAAGGUGGAUUUUUUAAGAAGAUUUAUUUUAAGUGAUUUCAUGAUGAAACAUGGUCUUAAACAAAAUAGAGAUCAGUAGGAAAAUAAAAUUAUACACAGAAAUCUUUUCCCCAAAUGUUUUUGAAUAGCAGGAAAUACAACAGAGCAGUCCUGUAUUCAACUGAGUAGAUAAUGAUGCGUAUCUGUGAGCAGUCAAAUCUUACAGUACAAUCCUUGAAGCCAGGCACGACAAAAUGCCCGCCAUACUCUCAACACAUUUCGUAACCACUCUCCCUGCCUCAAAGAAAAAAAGGUAAAAUGCGAUGCAAUGUAAAUAGAGAAAAGGACAUACACCAUCUUAAUGCUUGAAGCACAUUUUCCCCAUUUAGUGUUUUGUGAAAGACAUAUACCAAAUUCAGAUGAAACAAAUCAGCUUGUAGAAA